ACGGAGACUGUACAUUUGUUUUCAUUUCUGUUCAACAUGUUUUGAGUAAAAAAAAAAUACGACGAAAUAAGCCGCAAUUAUUUUGUUAUGCCACCACAGUAAUAAAGACGAAACAGUUUAGAAUUAAGUGAACGACAAUGAACGGAAGCAAUAUAGCUAGUGUACCGGUGUGCAUUCUUGAAGAGAUUGGACUUGAAGGCUUGGAGGGAAUCACAAUCGAAGGAUUAUGGAAACGAAUUGGAGCUCGUUUGAAAUUGCCAUUGCCACUGAACAAUCGACUCACAAAUGAUAUUUGGAAAUUCGUACAAAAUGCAAAGUGUCUGCAGUAUUACGAACUGCCCGAUGAAAGAGAACCAUUGAAACUAUUUGAUCGCUCAGAAGUGAUGGAUCCAUUUUUUGGUGUCACAGAACCCGAAAUUUGCCCAUACAAUCAAUACAAAUACAAUCCAAUCAGUAAUCAAGACGUUCGUGGUUCGUGUGAACACUUUGAGACAAGAGUUGAAAUUUCAAAAGAAGAAGUGGCCAAAUAUACGACUGACAAAAUUGAACGAAAAUAUGGUCGUCGUUUUGUAAUCGUUGCAUCACAAUUUUUACGUGAUUCAUUAUUAAUACCACCAUGCGUUUCGAAAGAGUUGGAUCUCACCAUAAUUGCUUAUUGCAUUCUUGAGCGGGUCGGUCGUUCCAGAUACAAUGGUGAAUUUGCUCAUGGAAAAUGGUCUUUGGCUGACAUUGGUGGCGAUGCAAUUGGAUUACACCACCAAAAGAAAAAGUUGGUACGUUAUGAACUAAUAAAAUGCCAAUCGUUCACACAAAGUAUCGACGGUCUGAACACAGCUGUACAAUUAAUACAUUUGCCACGAUUCUUCACUACGUUCAAACAACGUCACAUGAUUUUGAUAGAGAAAAUCGUUGGAAUAUUGAAAUCGAAACCCAACUGCAUGGCUGAGUAUCAAGAGGUAAAAGUCCAAUUUGAAGAGGGAUUGCAAAAAACAUUGAGUCGUUUGUUCAAGACACCAUUAUUUCAUCGAUUUGUGCUAACUGACACGAGAGUACCAUAUCGAGCAAUUUAUCCGAAUGCAACCGAACGAGAAUGGCGACUACCGAAACGGGAAAAUGAACGAACAUUGAAUGUGUUGCAGCUGCGUGAUCCAAAAAUUGAGCCGUGGCAAUUUUGGGUCAAAUUAGACAUCGAGGACGAAUUAGGUGAUGAUGAAGACGGCGAAGGAUUUUUGGAUGAAUCAAAGGCGAUAAAAGAUGUGCCCAUAUUACAUCAAUUGUACAAAUUAAUUGAAUCAAGGAAGGAACAUGGUAUAAGUGAGUCUGAAGCCUCUGCCUAUUUGGGACAAUCGAAGCUGAAUGGCAGAGCAUUGAUUCGAUCACUAUUAAAAGACAAACAAAUUGAAUAUUAUAUCACCAGCAAACAACGACAAACAGUCCGACAAUACGUUCUACCUGAAUAUAAUACCAAAUCCAAACAAACGAUUGAUGAGAUGAUCAAUAGUGCAUCCGAAUACAGUAUUGAACCAUCGGAAGACAAUGCCGAUUUGCCCGAAAUUCCAACAAAUGACCGAGAUUUCAUCAUCACGGAAACCAACGACGAAUUGACACUAGUCGAUACGGUAAAAACGGAGAACAAUGACAAUAACGGUGAUGAGUUUAUGGAAGAAGUUGAUGUGUCAGUCGAAGAGGAACCGGAGACCAUUACCUAUGACGAACCAUUUCGGACCGAUAAAGAUGAUCACAAAGAUCGAAUCGAUGGUGAAAUAAAAAUCAAAAUAACAGAAAUUAGCGAGGCAUUUCACGGUAUUCCACAGAAACGUCAACUCAGAGACGAUCAUUUGACGGAUAAAACGAAAGAACGAUUAAAAUUUAUACAGCGCGAAGUUCAGUCAAAGAUAUUAUUUGAUGAUCCAUCAAAAUUGCACAAUGCCAUGAAGCAUGACGAAGUAGCGCGUGGCCUUCGUGAUAUAAUGUGUAGAAAAACGUUUUUUCGAUUGUUGACGUACUUGUGCCAAAAGGAAAAAAUACGUCUAUGGCGAAUUGAUUUCCAAUAUCAAUCGAAACAUCGUUCGCUCACGUACAUUAGCAAUCGAAGCGUUGAUUCAAAUUAUUCAUUGAUGCAAUCGUGCAUUGAACAGCACAAGUCAAAAUUUCAAUUAAACAUCUACGAAGAGGAAUGCCGAAAGGAGAAUAAAAAAGCAAAGGAAGUCGCAAGCGAAACACAAAACGGUGAAAUUGUCAAUGAACCAGUACAAAAACUAACCGUGUCAACAAAUCUAUCGUUUAACUAUGGCAUUACACCGAAAUUUAUUCGAUUGCGAACGUUGCAUGAGUUUAUGUUCUAUUUGGCACGAGAGCAUUCAACCAUCGAGUUGACCAAUCAAGAUGAAAUUGUUGCUCAUUUGAAAGAGUCGUCGCCAAUGCUAUUCGAUGAUAUCGAUGAAGUACCGAUGAUUUGGAACACAGAAAUCGGUUGGAAAAUGUUUAUCCCGCCAUUGAUUAAACACAAUGGUUUCGACCAAGGAUGGUGUCUGCUGUCUGAUUGCAUUUUUCGCAUGCCAUUGUCUAUUUUCGUAAAAGUGGUGAAUAUCACAUUGGAAAUUAAAGGACUCAACGAAUUCAUUGAGCAUCCGAUAAAAAAACACUUUUUGGUCAAAGACAUCCCAAUCAAUUUACAGAAAAUGUUAUUUGCACGACGAAAAUAUAUUGCUGCGUUACACGAUUUGUUGCGUCGAUUGAUUUGCAUUGGACUAGUUCAGGCUGGGCCACAUCGUGCGAUGAAGGAUCAAGCAUUUUAUUACAUGAAUCAUCUGGCGUCGUUAAUUGACACAUCAACGUCGCAACCGGGCGCAUAUUAUAUCAGUGAACAGGAUUACACGGAACUGGUCUAUCAAUUCGAUACGCUUGAAGAUGUGUUCACCUAUUGGGAUGACAUGCAUCGCAUUUGCAUGAGCACAAAAUUGAAUCGAAAACCAACGGGUGGCGAGACUCCGGCCGAAAAGGCAUUGCCAAUUAAAUUUCUGCCAUUUAUGAAAGCGAUUCAACCGAGACACGCAAAAGAUAGAGAUAGAGGUGAAAUGCCGGGCGAUCAUCGUGGUGCGGCCGGCCUUGAUUCGUAUUUUUUCGCGCAUUUGGAACGAAAUUGGUCACUUAAUCCAAUGAAAUACAAGCCAAAAUUACAAUCGAAAGAGAAAUCGGAUGCAAAACCAACACGAUACAGUCGGUCACAUCGUGUGACACGCGAUAUUAAUUCGAAGAAGCAUGAAUCUCGCAUCACACCGGUGCCAUUGCACAAAUUGAAAUCAGCUGCGAUUCGUCGUCGGCCGAAGCCGGUAUUGCGUAAGAAAGCGGCAUUGGUUAAAAAGAAGCGUACCCGUACCAAAUACGAUGAUAUCGAUCGAAUUGCGUUGAAGCACAUGAAUAAAUUACGAGUUGAUUGGAAUACACAGGAGGAUAACUUCUUGCUGUUGUGCAAAGUGGCUUCAUUGUACUUGAAUCCAAGAGGUCGGUUAUUAAUUCCCAGCCAAAUUUUACGUGAUCUCAUUCAUUGGCAUUGCAAAUCACUUAAUAAAACAUCGUUUGCAUGCCGUCGUCGUAUCAAUUACAUUCUAAAAAAAUUACCAAACAGCAGUCAAAUUAACAACAGCAUCUUAAUGUGUAUCAACGAAAUCAAGAGCAACAAAUCGCUUGAGAAACGUUUCGGCAGUAAUUUUAUUGACAAACUCAAGAGGGUGUAUGAAGACGAAUUUGAAUUCAACAGAGCAUUUCAAAUCCAUUUCGUUGACUUGGUGCACACGCUAAGCUGCCAAUUCUAUAAUUUGACCAACAGUUUUGAGUCGAACGUUAUACUUCUACCGCGAACACUACAAGAGUUCAAUGCACGAUUCAAAGAACGUGAAGAUUCAGUAUACGAUUCCAAUACGAUGCGCUAUGACGAACCAGAUUCGGUGGAUGACAUUAAAAUCGCACAAAUCGUUACGUUGAUUCAUAGCACCGUGUGUUGUUCGUAUGAUAAAACUUCAUGGAGCAUUCAACUGUAUGAGAUUUACAAAGAUUUUCCCGAGGCACUGCUAUCGUUGUCGAUGCAGAAAGUACGCUCCGACCAGAUGAUUUCGCAGCAUAAAUUGAACAGUAGUCAAAAUAAAGUGCAAAACCGUUGUUUGCCACUCAGUUCAAGUGGUUUUCAUCUUUCAAUGACCUAUCAACAGCAAAUGACCACAAAAAUCGCAUACGAUACAUUCGAUGAUGCGUACGACAAUAUCAAAAAUCUAUUCGAGGAUGUAAAUGAUCGCAAACAACCGCAUGUACUAAAUUUAUCGAAUAGUGCUGUUUGUUUCUUCAUAUCAGAACUUUCCCAAAAGGUCAACUAUGACAUCAGCAUCGAAAUACCGAAACGAAUUCUAUUACUCGAUCCAACGAAACGUCUGCCGGAAGAUUCAUUUGAAGGGGUCUACGCAAGGUUCCAUGAAAUCUUUAACUAUAUACCCAAAGUCGAUUUGACCGGCACCGACGAUUCAACAUUAGAUGAUUUUAUAAAUGAAUUGCCGAAUUCAGAGGAUAAAUCACAAUCGAUAAACGAAACAAAAAACAUUGUGAAGAAAUUGGAAGAAUUGCCACCAGAAAUUUUACAUUUCUUUUGCAUCAUUGACAAUUUUGAAGUGACCAAACCACGCAAUCAACUUGAACUAAGUGCGGACGGAAAAUGUCCAUACAAUUGCAUGAUAAAUUUGGAAAAACCAUUUGAGACGAUCAUGGAUAAAUUGGUGGCAAAACGGGAAAUUUGGUAUCGAUUAAAUAUUGAACAAUUUGAAUUGGAACCGUUACCGGCUGUGGUGAAAAUUGACGAAACUAACAUCGUGGCCAUCUAUAAUUAUUUGGUGCUGAAAGGUGCCAAUGCAACUGAUCAACAGCGCACCGCCAAUUUGGAACUAUUCAAAAAAAUAUCGGAUAUUGUUGACGAACUUCUUUUGGAAAACGACCGAGAGUUUAUUGACGAAGAUUUUGGGGCAGAAUAUGAUUUGCGCAGUGAUGUAAAAAAGAAAAUUUAUGAUGGCGCACAAAUCAAUGAUAAAAUACACAAGUUUCACGAUUUCCUGUGCGUUAAUACGUGUAAAUUGACUUUGAUACCGAAGGACGUGGAAGAAAACAGUGAUAAAAUCAUCAAUGUAAACGAUCUCAGUAAAAAACGAGACCAAAUAUUGGCGAAAAUUGUACAUAACUCAAAUUGGUCACCAGAUCUGAGGUCAGACAAAGACUUUGUGGAACUUCUGAAAGAGAAAUUUGACAUGCGAGAAAUUCACAUUGCCGUUGAUGUUUUUAACUACAUCGAUAGUCAAGGUGAAAUUGGCGUAACUGCAGCUACUCUCCAUAAAAGAUAUGAGGAUAAAGAUUUUUUGCAAAAAUUAUUGGAUUAUUUUAAUGAAUCAAAAUUGGUGAUGAAGACGGGUGUAUGUCAGGUGACAUAUGUGCAUUGGAAACACAUCAAACCAUGGACAAUUAAUACGUAUCAUUUAAAACGACUAGACCGGGAGGCCACACCACCGUCGCCAAAGACACUCUUACACAUAUCGGAUGAGUCAACAUCAAGCACUGAGAGUGGAACAAAGCGAAAAACCAGCGAAAAUGAUACAAUUGAAACAAAACGAACAAAAGUUGGUGAAAAUAGCGAAACCAACUCAUCUAUAAACGAAGUGAAUGAAAUUGUCCCAGUACAAGAUGAUCAAAUAAAACAGAGUGCAUCAGAAACCUCUAGCAAAGCGUCACAACCAAAAAUCUCAGUGAAACUGACGAAACGAUUCUCUAAUGCGAUCAUAGAGCAUGGUGAAGAAAUGGCAACUGAAACUAUACCGCCAACCAAAAAAACGUUCCCCUUGAAGAUGGCACCUUGGAUUCGAGUGAAUGGAUCAGUAAAUCGUCGUGUUAUUGAUAAAUAUGCUGGAACAAUCUUGCUGCAUUGCAUUGAACACGUUGGCCUUACAUUAUUCACGCUUUGUACCCGAUUCCACUAUUUACUGCCGAUUCAUGUUCAUGAAAUAGUUCAGUACCUAGAAGAGUUUGGAUGCAUAACGAAAACAACCAUGACCAAACGGAAGAAAGUCACAUUGUUUUCGAAGUAUCAGAGCGUCAGUACCGGUCCGGCCACCGAUUUGGAUGACUUCAAAGACAUUGUUAUUGAACCAACAAUAGAUGCUGUCGUUAAAAUGUCUAUAUUCAUCGGAAAUAAGAAAUACAAAGAAGAUUUUAUAUAAGAAAAUAAAUGCAACGAACAACAUAUCUGUUGUAACAUACGAUAAACUUUAAUUAACAAAUAAAAUCAUACAGUAAUUACUAUAGCAUA